GUUACUCAGCAAAGUAACGAAAAAAAUGGAUCAAAAACGUAACGCCAGUCCAAAUCCGGACACAAACCGGAAGUUCACAAAGACAACAGCAGCGACAUCUGCGUCAUCCAGCGGAACUCAAAUUCCAGAGCUUCCACAGCUGCCAACUGAAAUCUGGACCAGCAUUUUUGACCAUUUAUCCGCAAACCAACUGCUAACUCUACGCCAGGUUUGCCACCGCUGGAGAAACAUCAUCAACAGCAACGCUCCGCUGCUGGCCAAACUUACCGUCACGUUUCCGGCGCGACUCACAAUCUGCUCCACCUACCAGCCCGCCAACCUUCCACCAGCCGCAAAGGUGCACUUCAAAAACGUGACCAUAACCGCAAUCGGCCGCUGGUGGAGGCCGUUUGGACAAGAUCUAACCGAGCUCAAGCUGAGCAGCUACUCGGAAGUUGACCACGCGAGCUUGCUGGUGAUGCUGAAACAGACACCGAAUCUCAAAAGUUUCGAAAUGAUCGAGUCUAAGCUGAGCGGUGAGCGUCCUCCUGGAGAGGUAGAAUUCCGUCUUGAUAAGCUUGAAGAGCUGGUUCUCUGCGGCAUCGAAGAUGCAGCGCCGGUGGAAGUUAUUCGGCUGCUCUGCGGCGGCUUGAAGCGCCUGAGAAUCUCCUGGGAUUGGUUCACGGAAGAGCAUCCUGUUUCGGCGCAGGAGAUGGGAGAAUUUUUGGAGCGGUUACAGGAUUCGUUGGAGGAGCUGUACGUGACUUGCACAGAAGAUACUCUGGUUGAAUUGAUGAGACUUGAUCGACUAAAGUUGCGGAAGCUUACACUGGCAGGAGAUGAACAUACGGAUGACGAUAAGAGCAAAGGUCUCCUUAUUGAACUCUGUAGGAAGCUUCCAUCCUUGGAAUAUCUCAAAAUCAAAGGUAUUCGGACGUUUGAUGAACAAAGUCAUUCGCUACUCUGCAAAAUGGGACAAGUUCUUCCAAAUUUGAACUGUUUACAAAUCAAUGGAAUGCACGUGGACCUUGCCUUCCUGCACAACUUCCCCAAACAGUUACAAACUUUCAAGCUAUCUGGUGAUUCGAGGUGGGAUUCGGGCAGCGCAGUAGAAAUUCAAUUCAACGGUGACGAACACUUGAACCUAAAAGAGCUGCAGCUGAAGAAAAUCCACAUCGAAGAUUCCUGCUUACAGCGGUACCUUCCAAAAAUGCCCCACCUGCGCUCGCUAACCAUAAAAUGGUGCACGACCAACUUCUGGUCGGACCUGCUCCAACCACUGAAGUCACUCAAACUGCUGACCGCACUAUCGCUGCACGGAAUCAACGUGAACGAGUCCGCCGACGACUGGACCGGCCUGGAGCGGGACGACUUUGCGGCGUCCCUGGCCCGUCUGCAGCUGGCUCAGUGCGAAAUGCCGCCGAAGCUACUGGCCACGGUCCUGGCCGGGUGUCCAGGCCUGCGGGAGUUGCGCUUGCAGUCCAUGAAGCUGAACGACGCGGCGGAUGAAGAGCAAGUGGCUCACGUCGUCUGCCGGAAGCUGUCCAAGUUGAGCACGCUGAUCAUAGAGGGGUGUGAACUGUCAAACGAGGAAGGUGUUUUUUUGCGCGAAAAUUGUAAAUCGUUGAAGGAGUUGCGAAUUACGGGCUGUUUUUAGAAAAAAUGUAGUUUUUUUUCUGGUUAAAAAAAUAAAAUUGUGUUGAAUUUAA